CCUCCAGAUGGGAGACACAAGUUGAGUUCAACAAGGAAACAUGAAGACGCUCACGCUGAGUUUUCUCCUGAGCCUUUCGGCUGCAGUGUUCUGCAUGCCGGUGUCGCAGCCCACACAGCAGGAUGAGAAGUUUGCAGAGAACUAUCUGAAGAGAUUUUUCAACCUGACAGAGGAAAGAGGUCCAACAUUCAGAAGUGGCAUCAGCUCAGUGUCUAAGAAGCUGAUGGAGAUGCAAAAAUUCUUUGGCCUUCAGAUCACAGGGAACCUGGAUGCUGACACCUUGGCCAUGAUGAAGAAGCCACGCUGUGGCGUCCCAGACGUAGAAGUUUCUCGGUUCUCCACUUUUGGGAACAAUCUGAAAUGGAACAAGAAUGACCUCACAUACAGGAUAGAGAACUACACACCAGACAUGUCUGCAGCAGAGGUAGAUGAAUCCAUUGAGAAAGCUCUUCAGGUUUGGGCCAAAGUUACUCCCCUCAGAUUCACAAGGAUUUACAGAGGCAUAGCAGACAUCAUGAUCUCCUUUGGUCGUGGUGAACAUGGUGAUUUUUACCCCUUCGACGCCCCUGGCGGUACUCUUGCCCAUGCUUUUGCUCCUUCUUCUGGUAUCGGAGGAGACGCCCAUUUUGAUGAAGAUGAGACCUUCACCUUCCGCUCUAAGAAAGGCUACGUCCUCUUCCUGGUUGCAGCCCAUGAGUUCGGACACUCUCUGGGUUUGUCCCACUCUAACGACCCUGGUGCUCUCAUGGCCCCUGUGUACUCGUACCGAAACCCAGACACAUUUAUUCUGCCACAAGAUGAUGUCAGAGGCAUCCAGUCGCUUUAUGGCAAAAAUGAGGAUCCAAUUCCUCCUGGACCAACUGCUCCCCCCACUCCUGAUGCCUGUGAUUCCUCCCUGGUCUUGGAUGCUGUUGCCACACUACGAGGAGAGAUGCUGUUCUUCAAGAACGGAUUCUUCUGGCGUAUCCACCCCCAGAGUAACAUCCCUGAGCAAACUCUCAUAGCAAACUUCUGGCCCGACGCCCCUGACAGUGUUGAUGCUGCUUACGAGAGUCAGCAGUCAGACAGAGUCUUUCUCUUUAAAGGUCGUCAAGUUUGGGCGUUCAGUGGCUAUGAUCUGGUACGCGAUUAUCCCAAAUCGAUUUCCAGCUUCGGUUUGCCAAAGGACAUCAAGAAAGUCGAUGCGGCCCUCAAUGACCCAAAGACUGGAAAGACUCUGUUCUUCGUUGACAGCAAUUACUACAUCUAUGAUGAGACUACAAAGGCGAUGGACUCAGGAUUCCCAAAGCGAGUUGAUAAAACCUUCUCUGGAAUGACCAGGAAGGUGACAGCAGCUUUACAGAACAGAGGUUACACCUACCUCUACAGUGGUCCCUACAUGUACGAGUUCAGUUCAAGGACGGGGCAGAUGCUGCGUCUGCUGAGAAACAGCUACUUCCUGCCCUGCAACAACUACUAGAUCAGCUUUUGAAGAAAACCAAGGAAGGUUCAAUUAAUGCCAAAAUUGCAUCCAUAAUUGAUAAUAAUAAAACUUUUUCAUGUUGU